ACACAUGCCAACAUGAACUCAAGUCACGUUCAACACGACCCUGACCUUUAUCUUCGUCACCUUGACAACGAGUACACCCUGAAGGCAUGGCCUGUCGUCCUGUUUCUUUCCAUUCUGAUGUUGGUUGGCUUCACAGGAAACUCUUUAGUCUGCUACGUGUAUCUUUUGAAAUUUAAGCAAAGCGCACUCCGAUGUUACAUCCUGGCACUUGCAACGUUUGACCUUGUAAUAUGUGUAUUAUGCAUCCCUACCGAGAUAGCAGACGUAAGGUAUAACUACACAUUUGGACUGUCUAAACUGUGUAUGAUAUUGCGGUUUCUUGAAACAUUCUCAGCAUUUGCUUCAGCAACCAUACUGUUAGCUGUAGCAGUUGACAGGUAUAGAAUGAUAUGCCGCUUAUUUCACAAGCAGACGACACCAUCCAUGGCCAAAGUGAUAAUUGCUGUCUGCUCGAUUACAACCUUCAUAAUGUCAUUGCCAACUGUAGCUUUCUAUGGUUCAAGAACUGAGAUGACAGAUGACGUUCACAUCAAUGGUUCCGUUUGUACUAUAUCUGACGACUACACCGGGACGCCCUACCCUCUCAUCUACAAUGGAGUCCAGUUCUUCAUCUUCUUCUCCUCAACACUCAGUCUCUCUGUGCUCUACGGUCUCAUAUGGCGACGAGUUGUCAGGCAAGACAAGCGCAUGAAAGCAACCAAACAAUGUAACCUAAACAUUCAAGACGAACCUGGAACAACAUCAAAUAUGAUCCCUUGGACAUCAAACCUGUCCCCAAAAAGCGAAUGUAACAUAUCACCUUGCAAGAAAAAUGAUUCAGACAUUGUUGAAAAUGACCAAAACAUUGAAAGGAAGAUCGAAUACAAACCCAUACCAACAUCACUCGCAGAAGGUUUGAAGGGUGCUCAUGGCUCGUUACCGAAAGGUGAAUCAGACAUGUCAUCUUCCGAUAUGACAACAGUUGAAUCAUGUGAGGACGACAACACAUGCCUGCAUGAAGGCACACCAGCUCUCGGAUCACAGUCCAAUAGAAUCCUCCUCAAGUUCGGGAGAACAAAGUCACCCGGUACCUUCACACCGUCACAUGGUGACAAAACAUCUCAGAAGACAACGACCAUGAUGUUUCUCAUCACCCUAGUAUUUGUGCUGAGCUUUCUUCCCCAUUUGGGUCUGAUGGUAACUAGAGCGGUGAACAAGAACGUUUUUGAAGAUCUUCACGGAGUGGGAUUCAUCGUGUUCAAUGUGUUCCUGAGGUCGUACUUCAUUAACUCUGUCUCCAACCCAAUCCUCUACAGUUUUUGUAGUGUUCGAUUUCGACAGGAACUGACUCAGCUUUGUAGAAGCAUGUCACGAAACACCUGAAGCAAUCUACAAGUUAUAUCACGCCAAAAAGAAUCCGUAAUCUAACAAGCAGGUUUUCCUAGCCUUCAGUGCCGAUAUAAUCAUCUGACAGAUGUGUUUGGGUGGUUUUGUGUAAGAUGUUUGUGGGGUGUUUUUCAUUAUACACCCAUCAAGUAAUUAAAACAGACCUUAUUUUAAAAUAUUUAAAGCUGUUAGUUUUAAAGCGAUGUCUGACGCUAAUUGUGACCACAGGUAUCUUCAUGCGGGUGAUUCUUUGUGGGGACUGUAGUCGGAAAAGGAUCUGGUCGAGGUAGUCAUAUUUUGUCUUUAUUGCUGCUUUGAGGUCAGACUUUAAGGCAGACAUGUACAGGUAAUGGCUCUUGAGGGCUGAAUUAGUGUGUAAGGGCUAAAAUGUUACUGUAGACAUCAGGAAACUAUUCGGUUUUGUGUAAGAUAAAGCUAAUAGAUAUCUAGUUGCCUUCACUGAAAGCUUCUUUGGAGCCGAGCGCUUAAGAGAACUUACGUUUUAAGACUCUACCUCAUGAAUGAUAAGUUUUGGAUUUUCACUUUACUCGUAUUACCUUUAUUACUUUUAUUACCGUGACCACAUUGUUACCAGAAGGACAGCCGAUUUAUUGUGCAAUGUCAUCGUGCUAGCAAUCACUUGUCAGUGAUUUGGAAGUGCAAGGUCUUGAAUGUGGUGCUUCAUUUGUGUUUGCAUCUGUUGACAUACGAUUAUAUAAUUAUCCUUGCGGGCUUAAAGACCUAUUUGGGUUAUAAUGGUCUGUGCAUUUACGAAUCAUGAUGACAUUGUUCUAAACCAAUGUUCAUUCAUGUAUGCUAAUGUAUCACAUAUAAAAAAUGUUUAUGCUGAUAAAAUUAUCUAAAAGGCA